AUGUUAAAUUUAAUUAUAUUUGUUGUUCUUGCCUAUUCUUAAGCAAACAACCCUGAAUCACACUCUCCUCAAAUUAACAAUACUAAUGCUGAUCUAUAAGUGUUUGAUCUACUUAUAAUGGGUCCUAAUAAUAAUAGCUUAAUAAUUGUAGAAAAUCCAAACAUUCUCAUAACCUUUUACUAAUAAUAAUGUCCUUAUAGUCAGCAAUUCUUUGAAGAGUUAAGCAUACUUAAAAAUGAGAGCGAUUAGUUGAAUAUCACUUAUGGAGUAUAUGAUGUUGGAAAAGAUGAUUUUUCUGUUUAUUAAUCAAUGAAUAGGUUUGGUAUUGUGGAAACACCAACAAUAAUGUUCUUUUAAAAUGAAAUACCUCAUAUGUAUGAUGGCAAUAAAAAGUCCCAUUUAGUUUAGAAAUGGAUUUAAGAAUUUUUUAAUGGUAAUAAUCCUCCUAAAGAAAUAUUAUCAGAAUCAGAAUUUAACUCAUUACUAGGAGAUGAUAAAAAUGUUCUUUUUUAUUAAAAAAAUUCUUCCCUGAAAUACGACAUAAGUUUUGAUAAGUUCUAUUAAGUUGCUAUAUAAAAUACUGACCCAAAUACAGUAUUUGCUUACUCAUCACACUAUCAAAAGAAUAAUCUAUUUAGUCUGAAAUUCUAUAAAAAAGAGACAAAUGAAGAAUUUACUUUUCAUCAUUUAAUCACUCUUGAAAAUAUUAAGAAAUUUAUUCUUAAACAUUCACUUCCUUUAAUUCCAGAAUUAAAUUCAGAAUCAGAAGGUUUAAUCUUUGAAGCAACCAGCUUUUCCUUUAUUUUGUUUACUAAUUUAGAUGAACCAUCAAGAUAAGCUGAAUCAGCUUUUAAAGAAGUUGCAAUAGGUUUCAAUAAUUCUUACUAAUUUUCAAAAAUAAACAUUUCGAAUGACUAAUACUUCAACUAUCUCGAUGAAUUAGGAGUCAAUGAUGGAAUAAUUCCUAAGAUCGUAGCUUUGAAUGGCAAACUUAAAUAUAAAUAUGAAGGUCCAGAUUUUUCAGUAAAUGGAAUUAAAGCCUUCGUUUUUAAUUUAAGAUAAGGGUAAAUAGGUUCUUACAAAUUAUCAGAGCCAAUACCUGAUAAUGAUCACACAAAUUCAUACGUUAAGACAAUUGUUGGCCUAAACUAUGACACUGAAAUAAAGUAGAGUAACAAAAACGUAUUAUUGAAAUAUCAUGUAAAAGGUUGCUAACCUUGUGAGGAAUUGGACCCAAUUUAUGAAGAAUUAGCAUACCAUUAUAGAGAGGAUUAGAGUUUAUUAAUUGCCCAAAUUGAUGUAAGAUUGAAUGAUUUUACUGAUCUUUAUUAUCCUCGAUCAACACCAGAUAUCAUUCUAUUUCUCCAAAAGAAGGGUGAAAGAAAUGCAAUAUUCUGGAAUAAAUAAGAGAUGACAUUUGAUAAUAUUUAGAUGUUUGUGGAAUAUAACAUUUAAGUACAGUAAUGA